AUAACCAAUUUCCCCUUAGUCAAUUUUUCUCCCCCCCUCCUCCUUCCCCUCUCCUUCCUCCCUUUCUCCUCCUCGCUCCUUCCUCCCUAUCUCCUUAUAAAUUUCCCCCAUUUCUAUCUUUACCCUGGUUCUCAAAACCCAAGUAGGCAAUGGAGAUGGAAGUGGUGGUGCCGGUUCCCGCAGUGGACUUCAACUUCGAUAGCACAUGUUCAUCUCCAUACAUGACUGCUCCUUCAAGUCCUCAACGCUUUGGCAAUUUCUUCUUCAGUGCUCCAACCAGCCCCACUCGUGCCUCUUCUUUCUAUCGUGACGAUGUAUCUCAUGCCACCAGUUCUUCAUCUGCGGUUCCUUUCCAAUGGGAGGAAAAGCCUGGUACCCCCAAAAGAAAAUGUUUCGAUGGCAGAGUCGACAGAGAAGAUAAGAGCAACAAUGAUGAUGAUGAUGGUGAUGGGUGUGAAGAUUUCGAGUUCAACUUUAGUGGGCAGUUAGAGAGAACUUCUUUGUCUGCUGAGGAGCUUUUCGAUGGUGGAAAGAUUCGGCCUCUGAAACCCCCGCCUGGCUAUGAACAGUUUUCAAGUACCGUUUCUUCUCCGAGGUCUCCAAAGUCUCCAAGAUCAACAACUUUUCGGAAGAAAGAUGUUGAUCCAUUUGAAGCAGCGAUAGAGAAGACUCGUAGAAGAGGGCUAGUACUCAAAGAACCGCCACAACAGAAGCAAGAACAGGAGCAAAAGAACAUACAAUCACAACAACGAGGGAGAGAAAGAAUUUCUGGUUCGUCUUCAUCAUCUGUGAGCUACAACUACGUUCACAAGAAGAGCAGAUCUUUGUCUCCUUUUAGAGUGUCUGACAUUAUGUUCGAGCAAGAGGAAAAUUCAUCACAAUCCGAAAAGACUAUUGCUUCCACCACAAGCAAUCCUAAAUCUUACGUUUCUUCAAUCCUGUCCGCUAUUUCAUUUUCAAAAGGUAACAGAAAAUGGAAGUUGAAAGACUUUUUGUUGUUUAGGAGUGCAUCAGAAGGCAGAGCAACAAGUAAAGAUCCCCUUAGGAAAUAUGCCCUGCUGUCUAAGAAAGAGCCAGAGGAUGUCAAAGCUGCGAGCUUCCGCUCCACUGAGAGCCUUGGUUCAGUGUCCAGUUCCAGGAGGAGAGCACCGGUUUCGGCUCACGAGUUGCAUUACACGGUGAACCGGGCUGUCUCAGAGGAGAUGAGGAGGAAGACUUUUCUGCCUUACAAGCAGGGCCUCCUUGGAUGCUUGGGGUUCAACCCUGGAAUGCAUGAGAUUUCCAGGGGUAUUGGGUCUUUGACACGUGGAUGAUCAAGAUUUCCUGAUCUGGUGUUUCUUUGUUGAACAUAGAGUUUUCAAAUCUCUUUCUUUCAUGUUUCAAAAAUGAAAAAAAAAAAUUACAUAUGGUUAUGAAUCACAAUCUAUUUGUUUGUUUAUACAGUGUCUCUAUCCAUGAAUUGGACCUCAA